UAAAAUCACUCUCCACCCGGGUCGAACCGGCUCCACCCCUCGGCGCCACCGGUGAGCCGGUCGGGCGGAGGGCGGAGCGGAGCGGCGGAGCGCGGCCGGCGGAGCGGGGAGCCACGGUCGAUGCGCGGAGACGGCCAUGGACGAAAGCCCUGAGAGCAAUUGCCCCAUGGAAUCGAAAGAUUCACAGGCCACGGAGAUGGUGCUGCGCCUGCGGCUGCUGUCAGGCCGUGAGGUCGAGAUCUCCCUCCACGAGGAGGCCACCAUGGCGGAGCUCCGGCGGAGCGUGGAGAAGGCACUCGGGAUGCCUGCGCACUUGACGCGGCUCUUCCGCGAAGAGGUGGAGAUGGCCGCCCCCUUCGACGCCAAAGUGGCUCAGUGCGGCAUCACGUGCGGCUGUGCAUUGACCUGUGUCACGAUGGCCUCCGAGGAGUUCUUACCUGUGAAGCUGGAGCAUCGAGAGCAGCCGAUCCCCAAGCGUCUCCAACUCCAACGCCUCGUCGGAAGGGACGCCAUGUGGAACUGCUACGAUUUCCGCGACCUCUGCACCGGUGACAUGGUCACCGUGAGGUUUAUUCAGUACUUCGAUCAGGACGACUUGGCCGGAAGUUUAACCAAAGAGAUCUAUUUGCUGCAGCAGCUGAACCACGAGAACUUGCUGAAGUUAGUGGACUUCUUACCACCCACCACGCCAGACUUCAACGACUUUUGCUUGAUCGUGGAGCACAUGGAGACCGACCUGGGACAGGUUUUGAGGAGCAAGCAGGAGUUGACGGAAGAGCACUGCCAAUAUCUCAGCUAUCAGAUGCUUAGGGCGCUGAGCUACCUCCACUCAGCUCAUGUGGUCCACCAGCGCCUCCGGCCGCGGAGCGUUCUGGUGAACCGGAAUUGCCACGUGAAGCUCUCUGAACUUUGGGACGCGCAGGCCAUGGGUGGAGAGGCUUCAGAUGAAGACACCGCCCGCUGGUACCGGGCGCCCGAGCUCAUCCUCAACAAUGAUUGGCAGGCCAUGCCCUUGACCGGCGCCUGCGAUGCUUGGGGCCUUGGUUGUAUCCUCUUCGAAAUGUACCAGCGGAAGCCUCUUUUCCAUUCGCACGACUACGUCCGGCACAUCGCCAACGUGGUCAAGUUGUUAGGACAUCCCAGGCAUCGGACAUGGACUGGGUGCAGGUGGACCGUGCACGCGCCUUCAUCGCUGAGCUGCCCGUAGAGUUCAACGGUGACUGGGCCUCCUGCUGCGGGAACGCGGCCGAGUUACUGACCUCCCUGGUGGUCUUCGAUCCACGGAAGCGUUGCAGCUGCCCGGAGGCAUUGCAGCACAGGUACUUCGCGGAUUGGACGGACCCCGAAGACUCCAAGCUGGAUCGUUGCGAGGCGCCCAUCGACUGGCGCCGUUUGAGCGACCUUUGCUCGCGAGAGAAGCGACGUCAGUUUGUGAGCGAGGAGUGUCGGCGUCGGCAUCCCGACUUCUUCUCAGAUGGCGGGUGACCGGCGUCGACCGAUCCCCCGAAGGGGGAUCAGCCAGGAACCGCGGGGGGGGGAGGAAUUGGUGCGGACGGACAUGCCCA